UUAACUACAGACAUAUUGUAGUUAAAAAGUUCAAUACUUCAAUGUAUUAUGUAACUCAUGUCAUUGUUGUAGUCGUUACAACUUAUUACUGAAAUACGUAAAUAUAAGAUGAUAUGCAUCGUAAACGAUAGGUUUAUUAUUACGGCUCUAAAUUAAUUUAAUAAUGUAGAUUAAUGUUUAUUCAUUUUUUUUAUUAAGUGUUUAGUACUAUUCUUCAAUAAAUUUGUUUAGUUUCUCUUUUAUAUAAUCGUUUUAAAAAGUUUUACUAAGAGUUAAUUUUAAAAAAAAAGUUCAAAAUUAAUUUUUAAAUGGGUGAAUACAAAGAAUUUGACUUUCCUCCUGAACUUUGUUGUUCACCUAGUCCUCUGAUUGCUAUCGCAGGCUUAGAUACCGUAAAUAAUGCUAUUCAUAGGUCCAUUUGGGAUGCAUUUCAUAGUCCCAUUGGUCGUGAAAGCCGUGCCAUACUAAAUUUUUUUCAUUUAACAUCCGAGUAUAAAUUUCCUCCAUUAAGUGAAAAGCGAGUUAUGCCAUACAUUCCAAAAGGUAUUUUAAAAAAAAACUGGCUUGAAAAACAUAUACGUUACGAUCCGGCAGUUGUAGUUAUAUUCUAUGAUUGCGAUUGGGAAGAUGAAUCAUGGAAUGAAAAAGUCAGUGAAUGUUCAUCAAGAGUCCAAUCAAUAAGGUUAUCAUUAGAAGGUAGAAAAUCUAGGAUUGUUGUAGUUCUAAUUCAAAAAAGUAUGCCAUUAGCAGUUCCUGCUGCAGAUGAUACAAUUACUACUGAAAGAGCUGCAUCUUUGUGUGAAAAAUGUAAUUUAAAUCCAAAAGCACUAUUCAUACUACCGGUUGCUGAAAAUAUUCAUGGAUAUGCUGUAAGACUUGAAAAUGCAUUUUACGAUUUGGCUCAAAAUUAUUACCAGCAGCAAAUUCGAGCUGUCAAAUCAAAACUAGAAAACUUAAGUAAGACAAGUCAUCUAUAUUUAUUAGUCCGAUAUUCAUUUAAAAUUGGAUUUUAUAAUGAGCUGCGUCAAGACCAUCAUAAUGCACAUAAACAUUAUCAUCAGUGUUAUAUGUCCUUGUUGGAAAUACGUACCUUUGAUUCAAAUAUGUAUGAAGUCAAAGUAGUAGCUGCUUAUGUUGUGUAUAAAAUCAGUAGAUUGCUAUUUAUAAUGAAAAGAGCUCGAGAUGCCUUAACUCAAUUUAACUCUCAUAUAAAUGUUUUCAAGUCUAUGAUUGGCCCUCCAGAAAUUAUGUUUGAACAUUAUGCCUGGCUAUCAAAACAAUUUUCUAUGUUUGCUUCCUUGUUUGACGAGACAACAGCUGACAAUUUUAGUGCUACCCAAGCUUUAAAUCCAGGAUUUUUCUUUAAAGAAGCGGCAGACUAUGCUAAAAAACGAAAAUUAAGUGCAGCUGAAGUGUGUCAGGAUAUAAAUGAAUAUCCAAAAAGUAACCCUUUAAAUGGUUGGAAUCAUAUCGAGUUUUAUGGACAAAGACCAUGGCGUAUUAUUAAAACUGCUAGUAAUAUGGACUUUGAUGCUUUGGAAAUGGAUGGUAUUCAAGCUUUAAAAUAUAAUGAAAAUACUAGAGUUGAUCAUUCUAAAUUAAUUAUUAGUUUUUUGGGAAAUGCAAUGAAACAAUUCAAAAGUUACAAAUGUCCCAGAAUGAGAAACUUCUUGGCUGUACAAAUGGCUGAUGAGUAUUAUAACGCCAAGGAUUAUAGUAAAGCUUUGACAUUGUGGAGUCAUAUGUUAAGAGACUAUCGUGAUGAGGGAUGGAAGGCAAUUGCACAUGACUUAGUAAAAAAAUGUCUGAAUUGUGCUUACUUAACUGCUAGUCCCCAAGAUUAUGUAGAAUUAAAUCUAGAAGCUUUACAAUAUUUUAAGGAUUUAAAUCUUCAAAAAUCUUUAAACAAUAUUCAAAAAAUUAUACAAAGGAGUUUACCUGAACCUGAAAACGGACUAAAUGAACGAGAAAUAAAUGCAGCUGUUUGUUUAUGGCGAGAAAAUGAUAUAUUAAAGUCUAGAAAUUUAUUAGAAGUAGACAUGUCAAUCACAAACUCUACUAUUGAUGUCAAAGUACUUUUUAAAGAAGUGUCGUGUGAUGGUAUAGAAAUUGACAUCUUUGUAAGAGCUAUCUUUCCUGUUAUGGUACAAUUUUCCAAACUUACUGCAUAUAUUUCUUGCAUAAAUAAUAAAUAUGAUGUGGAUGUCUGCACUGAUAAAAGUAAACUAAUUUAUGGUGAAUUAAAAACGCACAAGUACACUUGUAAAUUUAUGCCUUCUCCUAAUGAUGUCGGAAAAGAAAUCACUAUAAAUUAUAUUCGGCUUCAAUUAGGAAAUGAAUCUGAGUUUCCAAUAAUAUUAAAAUACAAUAGUUCCACCAAAAAAUCAAAAUGUUUCGAGAAAGAAAUAAACAAUUUCAACUUAUCCGAAAGAAAUAACGAUUUAUUCAAACGAAUAAAACAAAUCACGUCAUCAACAUUGAAACCAAGAAGUUCAAAGCUUGAUAUGGAAAUUAAACAUGAAAACCCUGCACUUUUAUUAGAAUGGUAUAAAGUGUCUGUUGCUUUGACAAAUUUGGAAAAUUAUCCUGUUAAUGAUGUUUGUUUAAAUUUAACAUUGAAUCGAAGUAGUAAUGAAAAAAUUGAACAAUUGACUGAAAUAUGUGAAAGCACAGAAAAAAGUUUACUAUCAUUACCAGUAGAUUUUAAACUCGAAUCUAUACCAAGCAAUGGACAGAAUAUACAAACAUUUUACAUUCGGUCCUCAAGUUUAGAAACUCGAUUAUUUCAGCUUAUGAUAAGCUACUCAAUAAAUGAUUUUGGAACAACAAUUUCGUGCGUGAAAGAAGUGGAAAUAAAAAUUGAUGUUGUCAAUGUAUUUGACACAUCAGUUUCAUUUUUGUCUUCUAAAUUUGAACCAGUAACAAAAAUGUAUGUUGGUGAUACAUUAAUAGUACAACCAAGUAUAAAAUGUGUUUCACCUUGGCCCAUUAAAAUUGAAAAUACAUCAUUCAAACCGGUUAAUACAGUCAGCGUUUCUUCUGGAGGAUACCAACCAGUACUAGAUAGCAUUAUAUUAGAAACCAAUGAAUGUGCAUCAGACAUUCUAUGCCUAAAUAUUUCCGACUAUGGUGAAAACUCAUUAGGUCAUUUUACAAUUAAUUGGAGAAGAGCAAAUUAUGAAAAUGGCUGUCUAAAUGGUUAUUCAAAACUACAUUUACCCAAGAUUAAUGUUGAAAAAUCUUUAUUUCUGGUGGAUAUGGAGUUACCUGCUCAUGGCUGGUUACACACACCAAUGGAUAUUCUUUACUUGUUACACAAUCAGUCUGAUUCAUUACUUACUUUAGAUAUAUCAAUGGAAGCGAAUGAAGCCUUUAUGAUGGCUGGCCAUAAAGACUUGAGUGUCACAGUUUUGCCAGAAAGUACAUACAAACUACAUUACAAUCUUUAUCCACUUGUUGUUGGCGUUUCAACAUUACCAAAAAUACAUAUCAGUUGUACGUCAGAUCUAAGCGACUUUAAAAACACGUUAAGUGAUACGCUAUUACGGUCCUUAAAAACUCAUAUAUAUAUAAUGCCUAAACAUGUACAGAACUAUUCAGAAAUUAAUAAACUAAAGAUUUAGUUGUACAUAGUGCAUUAACUAUUGUUACAAAGAAAUCCUCAUAAAUACUAUAAGGGUGUUAAAUUUUGUAUAAAUUUUCAACUAUUUAAUUUAUUUUAUAUAUUUGUAUGUGUUAUAAUUAAUUAAUUGUAUUUUUUUUAAUAUACAUAUUAUAUUUA